AUAGCAAAUAACAAAGAAGUACCUCAGUUAAAUGAUGAUUUAGCGACUAUUAGUCUUGAUAAUGAUUUAGUGGCUACUAGUCUUGAUGAUGAUUUAGUGGCUGUUAGUCUUGAUAAUGAAUUAGUAGUCGCUAGUUAUGAAAAUAAUAAAAAAGAUGAUGAAUAUGCUAACUCUCAAGAAAAGCUCUAUAAAGAAAGAGUAGAAUUCUAUAUGAAUAUUAUUAAACUAAAACCAUUACAGAUUCAAAAAGCUAUACAAAAAGAAUUUCCUGAUCGUGAAAUUUACCUUUUUAAAAUCUAUAAGAUGGUAAUGAAGUUUUAUAAUGAGAGACAAAAAGAUAUUACAAAUGACGCUGUAUUAUU